GCUAUCAUCGAAAUAAUCAAUCAAAAUAUGCCACGUGACUUGAGAUGUUCAACAUUUUUGGGGUGAUUAAGGUUGUUUUUGUGUGAGAAAAAGAGGAAAGUCACCCAACAAUGGAAAUGACAUGUAUGCCAUAUAUGAGAACUAAACUCAUCACUUGUCACCACCCAAGCAGCUCGAUUGACUAUCAUCGAAACAAGCCAAUUAAAAGGCGCCACAUGAGCCUGCUCGGGAUGUUAAGCAUUUUUGGGGUGAUUAAGGUUGUUUUUGUGUGAGAAAAAGAGGAAAGUCACCCAACAAUGGAAAUGCCAUAUAUGCCAAUACAUGAGAACUAAACUAUCACUUGUCCCCGGGCAAGCAGCUCGAUUGGCUAUUGAAGCAACAAAUCAAAAGAUGCCACGUGAGCUUGCUCGGGGAUGUUUAGCAUUUUCGGGGUGAUUAAGGUUGUUUUUGUGUGAGAAAAAAGAGGAAAGCCACCCAACCAUGGAAAUGCCAUAUAUGAUAGGUCAAAAAGAAGAGAGAAAGAGAGUUGACCAAGCAUCUUGUGGGUGAGCUACCAGCUUAUCUAUCACACGCUCUAUAGCGUUGAAUUCUUUAAUAAAAUCAUGCACCUUUGAUGCUUUCACUUUGUAAUUUUAACCCUUUUUUCUUUUUAAUUUUCUCAUGCAGUCUUUAUACAAACAAAGUAUUGCUACACUCACUACUCCUUUUAUAAAUAUUGGUUUCUACAAAUCCUUUUUAUCUCAUCACACCAUUAUUCAAGAGAAAAAAGAAACUAAAACUACCUCAAAACAACACUUAGUUUUUCUUUUUUUUGGUUUUUUUUUUAUUGUUUUAAAGCUUUAAGAUACAAACUUAAAAACCCUUUUUCGAUUUUGUUUUAUCUCUUCUGUUCUGUUCUACUUAUUCGUCAUUUUAGUUUAGAAAAGAUGGGUAGGAUUCCUUGUUGUGAGAAGGAGAAUGUGAAGAGGGGACAAUGGACUCCUGAAGAAGAUAACAAGCUAUCUUCUUACAUUGCUCAACAUGGUACUCGCAAUUGGCGUCUCAUACCUAAGAAUGCCGGUCUACAAAGAUGUGGGAAGAGUUGCAGGCUGCGGUGGACCAACUACCUCCGACCGGAUCUAAAGCACGGUCAGUUCUCCGAUGCAGAAGAGCAAACCAUUGUCAAGCUUCACUCCAUUGUUGGCAACAGAUGGUCAAUAAUUGCAGCCCAACUGCCCGGGCGAACAGACAAUGAUGUGAAAAAUCAUUGGAACACAAAGCUGAAAAAGAAGCUUUCUGGUAUGGGAAUAGAUCCAGUCACUCACAAACCAUUUUCCCAUCUCAUGGCAGAGAUAGCCACAACAUUGGAACCCCCACAAGUGGCUCAUCUUGCAGAAGCAGCGCUCGGUUGCUUCAAAGAUGAAAUGCUCCACCUCCUUACUAAGAGGAGAAUCGAUUUUCAACUGCAACAAUCAAAUGCUUCGAUAGGGAAUGCAACAACCACCUACAUGAAUAGUAAGCAAGAAGAGCAUCAAGACGACGAAGCCAUUGAAAAGAUCAAAUUUGGUCUCUCAAGAUCCAUCCAAGAACCCGAUAUGUUGCCCCCGAACAAGCUUUGGGACUCAGCAACAACUGGACCAACUUUCUCGAGUUUUUCAGGCAAUUGUAGUAGUGCGUUCCCUUACUCUGGGUUUCAGUACGAACCAUCUUCUUUUAGCAAUGAAAGAGAUGGAUCGCCAUGGAACCAGAGUAUCUGUACGGGAAGCACGUGCAUGGUUGGAGAUAGGCAAAGCCGCUUACCUGACAAACUCGAAGAAAAUGGAGACGACUCGAGGACAGGGAAAGAAAUAAGAAAUGAUGCCAUUUUAUUUAACACAGACAGUGUCUUAUGGGAUUUACCUUCUGAUGACUUAAUGCAUCCAAUAGUUUAGUUUUUAACAAACAAAUAAAGAAAAAGGGAGAGAAAUCCUUUUCCUAGGAAAAUAAAUUUCUAAUGGUAGCAAAUAAUAAUGAUGGAAAGUGUAAAUAAAGCUCAUUUUUAUAAACUCUGAUCAUAAGAAUAAUUCCAAUACAUUAUUUCUUUCUAUCAA